CGCGCGACGGCGGGUUGUGGCUGGCGCUGGCGCAACUGGUUGAUGCUGAAGGGAAUGUGCAGCAGCCCAGGAUCAGUGGUGGUGCUGCUGUGAGAGCAGGAGGUGGUGGGAGCAGCCGCAGCAGCAGCAGCAACAGCAGUGGUCGUCGGGAGAGUGGUAGUGAUGGUAGUGCAGCUGUCAGGCGUGCGGGUGGAAGCCAUGACGGUGGAGGCAGCUCCAGAAGCAGCAUAGCGAUGGAGAAGGGCGACAGCGUCGACCAGCGUUUGGCGCGCAAUCUUCAACAAGGGCAACGAGGGCGCACAAAGGAGCACGCUCGACUGCUCAGCCUGUAUGCAUAUCAGCAGCUUGCUCAGAGUCGUCAGCGCCAUGCAAGCAGCGACGACAUGGAUUGCACACCUGAGGAGGAGAGCAUGGAUGCAGAGAGGGGCCACAACAACAACAACAACAACAACAGCAACAACAACAAUAGUAACAACAUGAAACGUGCGAGUGGCAACGGACAUGGUCACAGCAAUGGCGGCAACCCAAGGCACAGGCGGACAAGCAACUCCAGAGACGAGAAUCGACUGACGUCACUGCAUAUUUAUGCUUCCAAAGGAAGACUCGUCGAUGCUGCGUUUCGCUUGGCCACAACACAGAAAGACGCUAGCGCUGUACUCUCGCACCAGCACCAGCACCAGCAACCGCAUCAGCAACACCAGCAACACCAGCAGUGCACAGGUGACACUCAGCGCCAAGGCAAGAACCGUGCGGUUGACGCGCGAGAUGCAGCUGGGUGGACACCCCUCCACGAUGCGGUGGCUGCCGGCGACGCCGCCAUGACUGCGUUGCUGCUGCAGAGCGGCGCAGACCCAAAUGCGCGCGGGCCCGGCGGCCACACGCCGCUGCACGUGGCCGCGCUGCAGGGCGGGGAGCUCCUGAUGGAACUGCUGGUGGCCUGCGGUGCGGAUCGCCGCCAGCAAACCGACCAGGGCGACACCCCGAUGCAGCUGCUGCCCACCGCCUCCCUGUGCGCGCAGCAGCUACUAGCGCCGGAGCCGUCACUCCCCGCAGACGCCGCCACCACCACCGCUGAGCAGCAGGCGGUAGGCCACAGACAGCGGGUGCUGCUUGCUCUGUAUCAGGCCAUUGGUCGAGGCGCGUGGGCGCACGUGCGUCACAUCCUCAGCGGCCAGACGGCGAAAGAGCUUUCCCGCGUGAUCAACACCCCGCUGCAUCGUGGGGAGCGUAUCUACCCGCUGCACGCCGCCAUUGCUGUGCGCCAUCUCGGCAUCACUGGCGACCUGCUGCGUGCAGGCGCCAAGCUCGACCCGCAGACGCGAAUGGGCAACACCCCGCUGCACGUGGCCGUUGUCUCUGGCGAGCCGCUGUUGGUGUGGCGGCUGCUGACGGCCGGUGCAAACAAGCUCACCAUCAACAACGACGGCAACACGCCGUUUGACUUGCUCGGGCAGGCGCGACGCGAGCAGCCGACAAACCGGCAGUUUGCAGUCCUGCACCGCGUGGCGAUGAUGGCAACGCAGCCGCUGCCCCACGUCAAGCGCCGGUCAGUCUCGCUCAGCGCAACCAGCGCUGUCACCGCGUGCAAGUAG